CGGGAGCGUCGGAGGGCGCCAUGGCCCAGGCCUACGCGCCGGUGGAGGCCGCGCUCGGUCCCGAGGAGAACUUCCUUUCGCUGGCCGACAUCCUCAUGUCGCAGGAGCGGCUGCCGGGCCGGGCCAAGGUCGCCUGGCCUCGCUUAGCUGCUGUCCUGGCCAGGGCCGCCGCGCCCGACAAGGCGCUCCCAGAGGAUUCAAAGUUGGAAAUCCCCCUCUGGCUGGCCAAAGGCUUGUAUGACAGGCGGAGGAUUCUUUCUGUGGAGCUGCCAAAGGUUUACAAGGAGAGCUGGCGGACAGUGUUCAAUGCUGAUGCCAGUGUGGUGGACCUGCAUAAAUUGGGACCAUAUUACUAUGGAUUUGGGUCCCAGUUACUCAAUUUUGACAGUCCUGAAAAUACUGAGUUAGCCCAGUCCAUAUUACAGACGUUUAUUGGCCGUUUCCGUCACAUCAUGGACUCUUCCCAGAAUACUUUCAAUGAGGACACGUCUGCCUUGGUGGCCCGGCUGGAUGAGUCAGAGCGAGCCUUAUUUCAGACUGGCCAGAAGGGACUCCAUGACUUCCGGUGCUGGGAAAUGGGCCAGGCCUCCCAGAUCACAGCUUCUAGCUUGGUCCAGAAUUACAAAAAGAGAAAAUUCACUGACAUGGACACCUGAGUGCGCAAAGACCAUGCGAGACUUCAUAGGAAGCGCUCGUGGAUUUAUGGUUGUGUUCAGGCACUGAGAGGAACCAAUGUUCAUGUUUCCAAUUAAAGUUGUUUCCAGUAGUGUUUUGGGGUUGGAUCCGUAAGACAUUCUGGCUCUGUGAUGGAAUACAUAAAGCAGCAGCAACAAAUCGCUUUGGAAGGUAACAGUUUAAUUUUUCUAUUCAAUCUUUGUUUUAAUAAUUUAAAGAAGAAUUCUAGAAAUACAAGGAAAAAUGAGCUAUUGUACAGCAUGUCUUCUGUAUCAAAUAAUUGAAAUGUUAGCACAUAACUAUGCUUUUUUUGUCCCAGUUGCCUGUUACUUAUCAGGAAAGUGGCCUUCAUAGGGCCACCAGAACAGGUUCAUGGAGUAUAACCUGUGUCUUAGCACUUACGAAGGUGAUCAGAAAUGCAGCAUUCCUAAAAGAAAGUCUGCACGCUGCAGUUCUGUGACUAGAUCCAGGGUCAAAUGACAAAUAAUUCUUCCUGUUAAAGGAUUUCUUCUUGGAGUAUAGAGUUUAUAUUCUCUGUCAAUGCCAUAGUAAUAGUGAUGAUGAUGAUGAUGAUGAUGAUGAUGAUGAUUUACUAAAUUUAUAUGCCACCGACUCCCAGUGACUCGGGGCAGUUUACAAUUGUUAAAAACAUUUAAGAACAAAAAUCAAUACAAAACCCACGAAAAACCAGUGCAGAUAGAACAAUGAGGGCAAAGAAAACAGACCUGAAGGGGAACAGAAAAGAAGAAAGGGGCAUCAGUCAUCCUCGCCAAAGGCCUGGGCAGAGAGCCAGGUCUUUAAGGCCCUUCAAAAUAGUGGUAGGGUAGGGGCCAUUGGGGGUUUGGGAGGAACAUCAUUCAGGAGGGCAGGCGCUGCUCCGGAGAAGGCGCGCUUCGGGGGUCCCGAUGGAUGGCAUUGUUAAUUGAUGGAACCUGGAGUACGCCAACCCGGGCAGAUGCUAUGGGAGACAGGCAGUUCCUCAAGGAAGCAGUCCUGUGCCGUGUAUACCCUACAGACCCCAUGCUUGAGAUGAUAGAUGAGGUGCGUUGCAAACAUUGGUAAACUAGUCUGAGUCAAGGAGGCUCCUAUUAAUCCUGUCUUACAGAUACAGAUCACCUAGUAGACCAUGUGAAAAGAAAAAGGAGCACAAUUGUGGGGAAUAAUUUCUUUUUUAAGACUUUCAUUAAAUAUGAAAAGGGCAAUUAAGUUUUUUGUUUGUUUGUUUGUUUGUUUUUUAUUUAUUUAUCAACCUACUCCAAAAGGCUGUGGCUUACAACAUCUCAUACACAAUUUAAAACAAUUAAAAACAACCACAAAGCAUAGCAGCCCAGACAAAAACAGCCAUAAUAGUCGUUUAAAAAAAAAUGACGGGCUCCACUAACACAUUCACCCCAGGCCUGGGAACAGAGUCUGGGAAUAGUAAUGAAUGCAUAUUGUAUGUAGAGGCACACACAGUUUUACUUGUCAGAAAACAAGGGCAUUCUUGGUUAACAAAUAGUAAUGACCUAAUUUUGGGGAGUCCAAAUAGAAAUACAUUCUUAUGCUUGCUCAUCAUCUUUUAAACUCUUCUUUCUAUGACCAAAAUUGCAAAUGUACCUUGUGUGACUGAUAAGGUGUUUGUAUUAAUCUUUGGGUGGACCACCUCGUACUGGGGAGUCUUCUUCCAAUCUCUGUCUUUUUCUUUUUUUGCUUUAUAUCCUGAACUCUUGCUCCAAAUAAAAAUAUCUGGUAUCUUCCUAAUCUCAUGGGUAAUCUGCCUGCA